AUGGCUAAGAGAAACGGCAAACCAGCAAAUCUGGACUUAAAUGAUAAACAGUCGCCGAUAUUACCACAAAUAGCCCGCAUAAGGACUCUGGAGUCGAUCGGAUCCGUGCCCUCUACCCCAUCCCUAAAUGUCAACCGUUUGGCAUACAAUGUGUCGGAGUUUAACAAAGACUUUGUGCCGAUUCCCACCUCCAGGGAGGAGAAGAUCCAGAAGUUUAAGCCCGAUGUGUCCCGAAAGGCGUGGAUCCGCCGAUUGCGGGGCAUAUUUCCCAUCACAUUAUGGCUCCCGGAGUAUAACUAUAGAGAAAAUCUGUUGACCGAUAUAUUGGUGGGCAUUACUGUUGCCAUAUUUCAAGUGCCGCAAAGUAUGGGUUACUGUCUGAUAGCACACGUGCCGCCAACCUAUGGCCUAUACUCUGCCUUUUUCCCGGCCCUCUUCUACACCAUCUUCGGCACCGGCUAUCACUGCGCGUUCGGUCCCUUCGCGCUCGUGUCCGGUGUUAUGACCGGCGAUAUUGUCACACAAGUGAUGACCGAAUUGGGCAAAGAUGUGACCGCAGGUAAUAUAGAGAAAGGCACCAAAUUGUCAAGUGUUUUGUCGGACACAAUCGGUUCGACACUCGCGCCCGCAGACCAGUGGCACGACUUGGUUAACAUAGACAUUGCUAUUAUGGUGGCGAUGAUUAUUGGUAUCUACAUCUUGGGCUUCGGUAUCCUUCAGUUGGGUUUCAUAUCAAACUUCAUGUCCGAAGAGUUGAUCAGCGGUUUCACCACUUCUGCCUCCAUUAUAGUGUUUGUCUCACAACUGGCAUACCUAUUGGGUGUUGACUAUAAACACUUCGCCGGACCCUUUAAUCUGUACUACACUCUCGAGGAGGUGUUCACGAGACUGAAUGAGGUCAAUCUGACCACUCUGGCCAUCACAGGUGUCUGUUUGUCGAUAUUAUUGUUUUUCAAACUAGUGGUCAAUCCAUACACACAGAAGACUCGGGUGAAGACUCCCUUUCCCAUCGAGUUAUGUGUUGUGAUCGGAGGCACUAUUGUUUCACAUUUUAUGGGUUUAAAGGACGCGCCCUAUCAUGUGAAGAUUGUUAACCACAUCGCCGACCAUUUCCCGACCCCGAUGUUACCCCGAUGGGAUCUGUUCUCCAUAAUGUGGAGUAAGUGUAUCGCCACAGCUAUAGUCGGCUACACUAUCACACUCUCGGUGUGCAAAAUGUAUGGCAAAAAACACGGCUAUAAGACCGAUGCCAACCAAGAGAUGGUAGCCAUGGGAGCGGCGAAUAUGAUAUCGUCGACCUUCCAGUGCAUCCCAUGCGCGGCGUCUUUACCCCGGAGUGCACUCCAGGAGACGGCCGGCGGUAAGACCCAAGUGGUCAGUAUUGUCAACUGCCUGUGCAUUAUUGUCGUCAUACUAGCGCUCGGCAAGUAUUUGGAGGAAUUGCCAACAUGUGUAUUGGGUUCGUGUAUAGCCGUAGCGCUGGUCUCAUUGGUCACCAAAGUUGGCGAUUUUUGGCGCUUCUGGAAAGUGUCUAAACUGGACGGGGGCAUAUGGAUUGUCACAUUUGUGGCAGUACUAGUGAUUAGCGUGGAUUACGGCUUAUAUAUCGGGCUAAUAUUGUCGCUAUUGUUGUUGAUAUGGAAAUCUGAAAGACCCAAAACCUAUUUGUUGGGAACCACUAGUGAUCUCGAUAUAUACGUACCGAUCAAUAAAUUCAAUAAUGUUGAAGAGCCCAAGGAUUUCAAGAUAUUUCAAAUGUGCGGUCCUUUGAAUUUCUCAAAUGUUGAAUACUUUUCCACUGAAUUGGAAAAUAAAUGCGGAUUUAAUUUGACAUCAAUUCAAAAGCAGAUGAAAAGCCGAGACUAUAAGCAAAGUUAUGAGAAAUUAUCACAAAAUAUUGCAUACUCUGGGCUCUCAAGUGUACAGUUUACACGACAAGUGCUCAGCAAUCAAUCGCUACCCAAAUAUCUGGUCAUCGAUUGCUCGAUGUUUUCAUUUAUUGAUUUCUCGGGCAUUUCUACCGUCAAGAAAAUAAUUCAGGCCUUUGAGGGGAUCGGCAUUCAGACGGCACUGUCCGGAGUUCACGUCCACUUGGAGUCAAUGUUGGCUAAGGAGGGCUUUUUCAAUGAUAUACCCACUGAUCAUAUGUACAAAACAAUACACGACGCCGUCGUCUCCUUACAGGAGUUGGACGGAGAGUACAGACCGGACGAUGUCUUCAACGGUAAUAUUAUAUUGAAUACCAAUUUUCCUAAUUAUGAAGAUUGUCAUGAAGUUUAAUAUUUGUUAAAUUAUGGCUUUAAUUGUUUUAAUGCAUG